CCGCGGAUGCGCUGCCACAAAAUCCCGCGCUCUCUGAAUCCUCAGACGGGCCGAACCCCACUUCCAUCCCGUCCACGGAGUGCCAAAGCCAGCCUCAGGAACGGGUCCCGUGGGUCAGACCCCUAGUGGGCCACAACCUCUCUGGGUCCGACCAUCCUUGGCGCUCUGCCUACAAGCGGGCGCAGCACGGCGCCCCGUGGGAGGGACCGCUAUUCCACCAUAGAAUAAAUGGGGAGGGUGAGGCCCCCACAAUAAGGCGACCUGCCCUGCGUCAUGCAGCAAACGCAGGGUCUGCUCAACUGUCAGGGGAUUGAAGGUCCCCGGCCCGACCCCGUCCGACUUCCAGCUACGACCCCGCCCUUCCCCGCAAGAGCCGCGGCGGAGUCGGGAGGGAUGCAGGGCUUUAGCCCCGCCCCGUUUGGCCGCGGGGCUGGGGCGGGGCGCUGAUGCCAGAUGUCGGGGCGGCGGCGGCUGGAGCUACGGAGAGCGAGGAGCCGCGCAGCCAGGCGGAGGCUGAGGGCGCCGCUGGCCGGCCAGCCCAGCCCUCUCAGCGUCGCUCCGCCGGGGUUCCGAGAGGAGCUGGCAGGCUCGGUGGGGAUCUCGGCACGGACAUGCACAGCGCUCGGCUUGACAGCUUCCUCAGCCAGCUCCGCUGGGAACUGCUGUGUGGCCGGGACACAGGCUCACCCCCAAUGCCUGGCUCCCUGCAGCCAACCCCCCAAACUGGCCCAGAUGUGCAGCCCAGCCACCAGCUUAGGGCCUCAGGUGCCUUGGAAGAGGACUCAGUCUGCUGUGUGGAGGAGGAGGAAGAGGAGGAAGCAGUGGUGACAGAAGACAGGGAUGCAGCCUUGGGAGGCCCCAGGGAGCAUGCCCUGGACUGGGACUCUGGCUUCUCCGAGGUGUCGGGCAGCACAUGGCGAGAGGAAGAACUGCCUGCACCCCAGCGCCCAGCACCCUCAGCACAGCCCCUUCGUAGGCAGCGCCUCUCAGUCAGUGGCCUCCCCAUGGCUGGCAGAGCCCCAGUAGCCAGUGCACCACCUAGCCACCGUCCACGGCCCAAGUCCACCCCAGAUGCCUGCCUGGAGCACUGGCAGGGACUGGAAGCAGAGGACUGGACAGCAGCCCUACUGAACAGGGGUCGCAGUCGCCAGCCCCUGGUACUGGGGGACAAUUGCUUUGCUGACUUGGUGCACAAUUGGAUGGAGCUGCCUGAGGCAGGGAGUGAAGGGGGUGAUGGAGGUGGGCCCCGUGCCCGUGCUCGACCCCCUCAGUUCCUACUUGGCCUCUCUGAGCAGCUUCGUCGCCGGCUGGCCAGGGCUCGGCAGACAGCUAUGGCAGGAAAGCGACUGUCAUGCCCACCUCGCCCAGAAACUGAACUGCCUACAGACGUCUCACGUUUUGCAGCCCUCAUGAGCUGCCGAAGCCGACAGCCCAUCAUCUGCAAUGAUGUCAGCUACCUCUGACCCUGCCCUCCAGCCUGGGACAAUAAAAGCCUUUUUUCUAGAC